CGGAGCUCACCGCGGGAGGUUGUCUCUCGGACGGUCUCGAUAAAUACGCACGUGUGCUCACAGACUAUAAUAAACCGAUAGUGCCCGUGACAUGUAAACUGACUUAAUAACACGGGUAAAAACGUCAGCUCGGCAGUCCCCGAGGAUUAUAAUGGAAAAAAAUGGCAACACCGUUGACGUUAUUAAAAAAUAAAAAUACUGUGACGUGAAUGCGAUGGUAUAGUGUGGUGUGUGACGUCGUAGUGAGUGUGUGUGACGUCAUAAUGUAGGUAGAGUCAGUGACAAUGUGGACAGUUAAGUGGAUUCGGUUGCUGGUGAUGUUGGCGGCGUGUGGUGCGCAGGAGGGGGAGUGGAGUGAAGAUGCUGAAGACCUGGUAUCGACAGUGGACGUGGACGCUGUGCUGGGGCGCACGGCGUCGCUGCCGUGUGACGUAACACCCGACACCAACGAGGACCGCGUCUACAUGGUGCUCUGGUUCCGCGCCGGGAAGGGCACCGGCGGCAAACCUAUAUACAGCUUCGAUGUCCGCGGCCGGUCGUUCAACAAAGCUCUGCAGUGGUCGGACCCCAACGCCUUCGGGCCGCGAGCCUAUUUCGCGACCGUGGCUCGCCCCGCAUCCCUCACUCUUGACACCGUACAACUCGAUGAUGAGGGCGUCUACCGCUGCAGGGUCGACUUCAAGAACUCACCCACCAGGAACUUCCAGAUACGUCUCUCUGUUAUUGUGCCUCCACACCAACUAAUCUUAUACGACAAGUCCGGUCGCGACGUGUCGGGGGUGGUCGGGCCGCUGGAAGAAGGCAACGAACUGGUCCUAGUCUGCGAGGUGCGAGGAGGUCGCCCUGCACCCACAGUAAUGUGGCUAAUCGACGGUGCACCCGCUCCUCAAUACAUCGGAGAGAAGACCGACACCCAUGUGGUGGUCAACCGUCUGGAGCUUCCCCACGUGAGGAGGAGUCAUCUGAACACCACCUUCAAGUGCCGCGCCUCCAACACCAACCUUGUUAGCCCUCAAGAGAAGACUGUUAGGCUAGAAAUGAACUUGAGACCGAACCUAGUAGAAAUUUUGAACAAGCCUUUGACAUUGUCAUCGGAGAAACACGUCAGCUUAAUGUGCGUAUCUGAAGGUAGCCGACCACCUGCGCAGCUCACAUGGUUCAAGGAUAAUAGAAAAUUUAAAAGGGGCAAGUUAGUGGAAGCAGUGAACGAGACGUGGGUGAGCAGUUCUCUGCAGUUCACCCCGCUGCCGGAAGAUGACGGGGUGCAGUUGAAAUGCCAAGCAGACAACAAUGCACUGCCGGGCCAGACUAUUGAAGACUCGUUCAAAUUGGACGUUGUAUAUCCACCAGUGGUGUCCCUAUCGCUGGGCAGCACGCUAAAUCCCAACGACAUCAAGGAAGGCGAUGACGUAUACUUCGAGUGCUCAGUGCGCGCCAACCCUAAAGAACAUCGGAUAUCUUGGUACCACAAUGAUAAGCCGGUCCUACACAACGUGAUGGCGGGAGUGAUAGUGAGCACCAAGUCGCUGGUCCUUCAGAAGGUGACCAGGGAUCACGGUGGAGACUACUCAUGUCGAGCCACCAACUCCCUCGGAGAGACGCCGAGCCAGUCCACGCAUUUAAGUAUACAAUACGCUCCAGUGUGCGCUCACACAUCGCCACAAGUACUAGGCGCGCAGAUCGACGAGGUGCUGCGUGUGCGAUGCUCCGUCACCGCCAACCCGCCUGACGUCACGUUCUUCUGGCAAUUCAACAACAGCGGCGAGAGUCUUGAUGUCUCACCUACUAAGUUUGGUACAGCCAAUGGGAGCACGAGUGAACUCAGUUACAAACCGCAGAGUGAGCGAGACUACGGGGCGCUCAGCUGCCGAGGUCGCAACACUGUCGGGGGGCAGGCUGAGCCCUGCAUAUUCCAGAUUGUUCCUGCUGCCCGACCGACCGCGCCUCGUAACUGCUCGCUACAUGCCGGCAACGUGACGACGGAGGCGAGCUGGCUGCGCGUGCGCUGCGUGGCCGGCUACGACGGCGGACUGCCGCAGACCUUCGUGUUGGAGGCCUUGGACCCGGUCACCGGCAGGGCCCGGUUCAACAGCAGUGUUAAUGAGACUGAUGGCCUGGUGACCUUCAGACUGGACCUGACGCAAGUGUCUUCUCCCAACGAUGUGGAAGGCGCCACCUUCAACCUCUUGAUCUACGCGAGGAACUUGAAGGGGGAGUCCGAGAAGACAUUACUUGAGAAUAUUGCCUUCAAUGAUGCUGCCAGGAGAACCGAUGGCAAAGGAUCAAUGGGAGGCGUAACAUUAGGUGUGAUGGUGGCAACAGCACUGGCCGCAACGGUAGCAGCUGGCGGCAUAGCGCUGGCGGCGCUGUGUGCCCGGCGCAGGCGCACGCAGCCACCUCACAAACACCCCCCGGGUGACAUGCUAGAGCUGAGUGAUGGCGGGAGACGGUACGUCGUCGCGUACACCAUCAAACCCUCCCCGGAUCUGAAGACGCCGGAUCCUCAGCCGGACAUUUUGAAUGCGCCAGAUGGCGAUAAUCAAACUGUACAACCGAUAGCAGAUGAGGCGGAUGAAUGGCCUAGCAUACAAGAAGUCAGAGGAGACUGGAGUCAGACUGGAGCAGUGUUCUCAGCAGAAGACUUGGCUUUACUUGACUCUGCGGGAAGACCACAGCUCUCACCGUGUGAUAUGGUACCUAGCAGUAGACAAGAAGAUGUCCUGAACCAGAACUUGGCACAUACAAUGAACUUUAGACCAAGUUAUCCUGUCACUAGCAGCCCAACUUUGGGGAGCCCAAACUUUGUGUGCCCAAACGGCAACGUGAGUUCCCCUCUUGGCAGCCAAAACCUGACCCUCACAGGGCCAACUUUAAGUUCUGGAAGUCUAGCAACUUCAACUCUGCAUAGGACCAAAGGGAAAGGCAACGCGAGAAGAAGAGAACACGUUUUAGCUGAAAAUUUGCCCGGACCUGAAAGUUGUGUAUAGAGUGGUGAGACCCGAUGAAGUGAUAUCAGUUAUUUUGAAUAAGUGCUUUUCAGAUCUUGUAUGCGUUUUGUUAGAGUAUGUGAUGAAGUAAGACAUCUUGUGUAAUUAUUGGCAACUUACAUUUAUUAUUUUAAAUGAUGUCACAAUGUUCAAAUACGACAAACGAAUAUUUCUUACUGCUAGCAAAUUUGGUUAUAUUUGACUAUUCAUAAAUUAUUGUAGGCGUUUAUUUGCCAAAUAUUCCAUUGUUUGAUAAGACAAUAUAUAUUGUAAAUAAAUGUAGACACUAAGUAAACCGUGUUUACCUAAAUAAACAUUUACAGUGAAUUGAAGACUUAGAGUUUGAACUAUUAUUAGUUGAUCUAUGUAAAGAGCCCUCCUAAAAUACACAAACACAUAUAAUGUGUUGCUCAAAAGCGAAAUUAGGCAUGGUUUACGUUAAGUAAUUAAUUAUUUUUGAUUGUUGAAAAGUUAAAAAAUGCAACAUGAUAACGAAAGGUAUUUCUGGGGAAUGCCCCAAGGCAAAAGUAGCAAAUGAUGACAAAAACGUCAGUGUGAUCGAUUGAAAUAAUGCUUUGUUUGUUUGAACUUGGCUAAGGCCCCUGAUACUAUUUACUAGUAUUACUAUUAUUAGUAUUGUUUUUAGUAGUGGUUUUAUUUUGCGUUCUAAACUUGAAAUAAGAAUAUGUAUUUUUACAGCACUAGCUCCUGUAAAACAUUGACCUUUGUUUUCUUUGAAAAAUCGACAGUUUUAUACACGAAAUUCGUAACGUUAAAAAAAUAUUUUAUAAAUUAUAUUAUUGCAGUGCGCCUUUAAAAUACGAUGUCGAUGAUACUCGUACAUCGUGACUACCUAACUGUGCAGCAUACUAUAAAAAUAAACAGGAGACAGAGUGGAACCGAGUUUAAAGUCGUUCAUUUGUUUCGAUCAGAAAUAUCUUUCAUUAGCUAAUAUAUCAUGUUGCAUAUUUUUAAGUUUGACUAGUUUUAGUGCAAGGCAGAAUAAUAAGUACAUUCUGAGUGUAUAACUAUUAAUGUAUAUAAUGGUAUCUGUACCCUUCCUGCCACUGUACUCAAGUACUAUUAGAUAAUUUAGCUAAAUAAAUAAACGACUUACUGGCCUAUGACUACAAUGAACGAAGACUAUUUUGUAAAUAAGUACAUAUUUCUACUUAUUUUAAACGAAUCGGUUGUGUGGCUGUAAAUAUUAUAGAAAAGUAGAUUACUAUAGAGAAAUGCUUUUAUUAUCUUAUUGUUUUGUAUCUACCGAUAGGGGUGGUCGUGAACUAUAAUGAGCAAGAUCAAAAUUUCUGGCGGCAUAUUUCCAUUUAUUACUAAUUUAUGUGAAUAUCGAUCGUCGUGGAGAUCCUUGGGGGAGGCCUAUACCCAGCAGUGGGCGUCGUACGGCUGAUGAUGAUGAUGAUAAUGAAUACGAGCUUUAUACCAUAAUCACAAAUUGAAGACUAUUAAAUAUUAGUUAUAAUAUCAUUUGUUUAUUAUUUUAAGAGUUGUACCUGUCAUUUUCUUAUCCGACGAAAAGGAAAGGGACGGAUGAUUGACAACUAAUAAUUUUAAAAUGAAUGAAAACCCGGGCGAAAUAGGCAUCGCGCUCAUAUACAACCCGUUUAACGUGUGCUGUCAACCUAAUUCUGUCGUAUUAUUGGCCAAUAUAAAAUUUUAGAAAGGUUUUUAAAUUUCUGCCUAAAAUUGAUGUGUGCUCCAUAAAUUUAUGUGUGUCGAUUACCCGUCCCUUUCCUUUACAGUGGAUAAGAAAAUGACAGGUAUAACUUAAAAUAAAAUUAGAUGGUAUAUUGUACAGGAAUCAGCACCAGUGUUUCUAUCAAGCAGAAGACAUAAUGGUUAACUUAUGACAGGCGAAUGGGAAACUCUUUCAGCGGUCUUGGUCUUGAUUUAUGUGCACGGCCACCCUAAGAAUAUAUAUAUAUAUAUAUUUGUAUAAAUAUACGGUAAAUAUAUAUGUAGUGCCAUUCAAUGAGGUAAUGUUCUAA